GGAAGUGUGAGAACACCAGCGCUACAGUGAGCUCGCGCUCCGACUCGGGCUGUUAGCAGGAAGCUAAGGGUGCUAACGUCCGGCUAGCCUAGCGCGCUAAGCUAAACUACCGGGGCAGGGCCGUGUGUGUGUGUGUGUGUGUGUGUGCGCGCGCGCGCUAAAAGCAUGGACAUUAGCUAACGAUGACCGGAGAGAAGAAGAAGAAGAAGCGGCUGAACCGCAGCGUUUUACUGGCCAAGAAGAUCAUCAUUAAAGAUGGAGGCAGUCCACAGGGGAUGGGAGAGCCAAGUGUGUAUCACGCAGUGGUCGUCAUUUUCCUGGAGUUUUUCGCCUGGGGUCUCCUCACCACACCCAUGCUCACGGUGUUGCAUCAGACGUUCCCACAGCACACAUUCCUGAUGAAUGGACUCAUUCACGGAGUUAAGGGUCUCCUGUCGUUCCUCAGUGCUCCUCUGAUCGGUGCUCUCUCUGAUGUUUGGGGUCGGAAGUCGUUCCUUCUGCUCACCGUCUUCUUCACCUGUGCACCCAUUCCACUGAUGAAGAUCAGCCCGUGGUGGUACUUUGCUGUGAUUUCGGUAUCAGGAGUGUUUGCUGUGACGUUCUCUGUGAUUUUUGCAUACGUGGCGGACAUCACACAGGAGCAUGAGAGGAGCACGGCGUAUGGUCUGGUGUCGGCGACGUUUGCGGCCAGUCUGGUGACGAGCCCGGCGAUCGGGGCGUACCUGUCUCAGGUGUACGGGGACACGCUGGUGGUGAUCCUGGCGUCGGCCAUCGCUCUGCUGGACAUCGGCUUCAUCCUGGUGGCCGUCCCCGAGUCUCUGCCCGAGAAAAUGAGACCGGCAUCGUGGGGAGCGCCCAUCUCCUGGGAACAGGCUGAUCCCUUCGCUUCUCUGAGGAAGGUCGGUCAGGACUCCACAGUGUUGUUGAUCUGUAUCACGGUCUUCCUGUCUUACCUGCCUGAGGCUGGACAGUACUCCAGCUUCUUCCUGUACCUGCGGCAGGUGAUCGGGUUCACAUCAGAGACAGUUGCAGCAUUUAUUGCAGUGGUUGGAAUCCUGUCCAUAUUAGCACAGACAGUGGUGUUGGGCGUGCUCAUGCGCUCCAUUGGGAAUAAGAACACCAUCCUGUUAGGGCUCGGCUUCCAGAUCCUACAGCUCGCCUGGUAUGGCUUCGGGUCCCAGCCUUGGAUGAUGUGGGCAGCGGGGGCUGUAGCUGCGAUGUCCAGUAUCACGUUCCCAGCCAUUAGUGCCAUCGUCUCCCGAAAUGCAGAUCCUGACCAGCAAGGCGUGGUACAGGGGAUGAUAACAGGGAUCAGGGGGCUGUGUAACGGACUUGGCCCCGCCCUCUAUGGCUUUGUCUUCUACCUGUUCCAUGUGGAGCUGAACGAGAUGGACGCUGCAGGAGGAUCUGAGAAAGGAACCAAACCCAACAUGGCCAACCCCACUGACGAGAGUGCCAUCAUUCCCGGUCCUCCCUUCCUGUUCGGAGCGUGCUCAGUCCUCCUCUCCCUGUUGGUGGCGCUCUUCAUCCCCGAACACAACGCGCUCUCUCUGCGGCCCGGCAGCUACAAAAAACACACCACCGCCACCCAGAGCCACGCCCACACGCCUCAGGGCGGAGCCUGUGAGAGCAAGGAGCCUCUACUGGAUGACAGCAGUGUAUGACCACGCCCACUGCCACCUCAGCACACACAUCAGGGCGGGGCCUAUGGGAGAAGAGUCACUUUUGGUUUACAGCAAUGUCUGACUCCGCCCACUGCCACUUCAAACACAUCAGGGUGGAGCCAGUGUGAAUAAGGGCCCUUUCUGUGGGAGUCUUUUUUUGACUCCGCCCACUGACGCCUCAGACACAUCAGGGCGGAGCCAGUGAGAAGGAAGCGUUUUCCAUUGAACAGGUUCUGUGUGUGACUCCACCCAGUGACACCUCAAACACAUCAGGGCGGAGCUUGCAGAGAUCAGAUGACUGCACUGUGAUCCCGCCCUCUCUUACCCCAGUUGUACCCAUUUUUCUCUCGUUUUCAAGCUCAAGUACCGUUAGGGCGGAGUCUGUGAGAAGGACAUGAUGGCAGAGGAUGACUCCGCCCACUGCUGCCAAACAUACCCACACAUGCACACACCACUCUGGGCGGAGUCUUUACUAGACGUGAAUACUGUAUGACCCCACCCACUGCCAUCUUACACACAUCAGGGCGGAGUCUGGCGUACGACCCCGCCCACUGUCACACUAAUGACUCAGCAGGGUGGGAGUUGGUCAGAAGUGCAUGACUCCGCCCACUGUCACAUCAAAGGCCACUCGGGGUGGAGACAGAUAUAUGACUCCGCCCACUUUUACCUGUUGUGCCCCAACACAUUUUCACCGUACUGAACUCCAUCAGCUACACACACACACACACACACACACACGUGUCAGGCUGCGGUGUGUGAGAAUGACGCUAGCUUCUCCACACACGCACACACAUACACACAUUUUUAUAAGAACUGAUUCAACAGGCUGGUGGUUUUUAUGGUGUGUGUGUGUGUGUGUGUGUGUGUGUCCUAAAUGGAGGCGUCUGAUGAUGGCGCUGUCUCUCCCACUGUCUUUUUGUCUCUCUCUGUUGUUUUGAGCGGGUUCACUGACUGUGUGUGUGUGUGUGUGUGUGUGUGUGUGUGUGUGUGUGUAAGCACAUGGUUUUAGACCACUUCAGAAAUGCUAACUCUGCUAAUCCUGACUGAAGGUGAAUGAUUACCAGUUAUUUAAUAGUUACAGGUGGAUGUUAGUUUUUAGCUCUGUGUGUGUGUGAUAGGGGUG